UCAACUGAUGAAAGACAAAGUCGACCUCGGCGGAAUUUGAAUUCAGAACAAUGAGCCAGAUGGAAUGCAGCUAAGAUUUUUGUCCGCCGCGCUAAUGAUUUUGCUAGAUCGACCAAUAGAUAAUUAAACCAAGGGAGUUAAUUUACAUUCGACGACAACUCUUCUAUCCGGACUAACAACUACAUUGCACCGUCUUCAUUCAAUCAUUCUCCUGGUCAAUAAAUUUGUUGUUUGUUAAGCUAUAUCAUCGUUUCAUCUCACACUACAACAUUGUCGAACAACAAUAAAUAAUAUCAAGACGUUACUAUCGAGUCCUUUUGGUGACGAUCGUUCUAGUACACUCAUUUUUUAUAGUUUAUUAUCUCAUACGCUGAUUGUUAUGUAGUAAAUUAAUUUUUGAAGCUUUCUUGUGAUACGCCCAUGUUUCUUGACCUUUGUACAGAGCCCCAAAAUUUUCAAAAUAUAUUUAAUCUGACAUGGGGAAUCAACUGACAGGAAUUGCACCUUCACAGAUCUUACCUGUUGAACAAUAUUUAGCAGACAUUCCAGAUUAUGAAUUUGAAAUAAGCUUGGGUAGCACACGCUUCUUCAAAGUAGCCCGAGCACGAUGCAAAGAGGGCCAAGUUGUGGUCAAGGUGUUUGUCAUACAUGAUCCUUCUCUCCCAUUGGCCACACACCGAAAUCGAUUAGAAGAAAUUAAAGGACAGUUAAGUGGUGCUUCAAACUGUCUUCCAUUCCAGAAAUUUAUUCAGUCAGAUAAAGCAGCUCUUUUAUUCCGCCAGUAUACAAAAGAUAGCUUAUAUGAUCGGAUAAGCACCAGGCCAUUUCUCAAUGCAAUUGAGAAAAAAUGGAUUGCUUUCCAACUUCUUUGUGCACUGAAUCAGUGCCAUAAAUUAAAGGUUUGUCAUGGUGAUAUCAAAUCUGAAAAUGUAAUGAUCACGAGCUGGAAUUGGCUUUUCCUUACAGACUUUGCAAGCUUCAAACCAACAUAUCUACCUGAAGAUAAUCCUUCAGAUUUCUCAUAUUUCUUUGAUACAUCACGUCGUCGAACAUGUUAUAUAGCACCAGAGAGGUUUGUAGACAGCAGCUGGAAAAACGCAGAUGCUGCUACACAAGUCAGCCUAGAUUUGACUUCCAGUGAAACGAAAUUUGGAGAUCUCACUCCAGCGAUGGAUAUUUUCUCUUCAGGGUGUGUGAUAGCAGAGCUUUUCACAGAAGGAACUGUACCAUUUGAUCUUUCCCAGUUGUUAGCAUAUCGGAAUGGAGAAUACAGUCCAUGGAAAGUGCUAGAAAAAAUUGAAGAUUCAAGUAUUCGGGAACUGGUACGCCACAUGAUGCAGAAAGAACCAACCCAUCGUCUUUCAGCUGAAGAAUAUCUCAUUCAACAGCGGGGUAAAGCUUUCCCUAACUAUUUCUACACUUAUCUCAAACUUUACAUCCAGCGUUUUGCAGUAGCACCAAUUCUAUCACCCGAUGAACGGAUCGUAAAUCUUGCUGAGAAUAAAAAAAGAACUUCAAUGAUAUUUGGCCAUUUAAAUGUCUUGAAAUCAACACCUGAAGAAAACACUGGGUUGGUUUUGAUCAUCAGUCUUGUUGGUUCCAGUCUUCGGAGUCUACAGUUUGCCAGUUCCAAAUCAACUGCUCUUGAAUUGCUCCUUGAAAUAUCUCAACAUGUCACUGCAGAAAUCAUUCUAGAUCGACUUUUACCUUUAAUGCUUUGUUUAGCUGAAGAUCCAUUUCCACGAGUGCGAGCUGAUACUCUGAGAACUAUUGUAAAAUGUUUGUCCAAUCUCAAGUCAGUUCCAAAAAGCGAUGCGAAUAUAUUUCCCGAAUAUAUAUUUCCAUAUCUAUCACCUCUAACACAAGAUACAGUUACUCUUGUUCGUGCUGCUUAUGCUGAAAAUAUUGCACAACUUGCUGAGAUUGCUUUAAGAGUUUUGGAUAUGAUACAUCUGAAUGUUUCAGAUGAUUCUGACCCAGAUGGCACUCGUUAUCAAGUCAGCUAUGAUGCAGAACUACAAACGCUUCAAGAAAUUAUCCAGCAGAAAGUUGUUAUGUUGUUAUGUGACCAGGAUAAUAUUGUGAAACAGACACUGUUGGAAAAUGGUUUUACUCGUCUCUGUGUUUUCUUUGGUCGCCAAAAGGCCAGUGAUAUCCUUCUUUCCCAUAUGAUAACAUUCCUAAAUGACAAGCUUGAUUGGCAGUUAAGGGCUUCAUUUUUUGAGAAUGUUGUUGGUGUAGCUGCUUACGUGGGAUGGCAAAGCUCAUGUGUUUUGAAACCACUCAUACAACAGGGUCUUAGUGACAGUGAAGAGUUUGUAAUUUAUAGAUCUCUAGGAGCGCUAUCAGCUCUAGUAGAACUGGGCCUUAUUCAGAAGAUUAUGCUUUAUGAUUUCAUCCAGGAAGUUGUACCAUUUUUAGCACAUCCUGGAAUAUGGGUAAGGCAAGGAGCAAUAGGUUUUAUUACUGCUGUGGCUCAUGUUUUAAAUGUUGCAGAUGUUCACUGCAACUUAAUACCUCGAGUUAGAAUGUUCCUGAAACAAAGUGUCCUUCAUAUUGACCAAAAACAUAUUCUGUUAAAUUGUGUUGGUGAAUCAGUACCCCGGGCUGUGUUUGACUAUAUCGUUCGAUCACCUAAUGUCGACGGUAUAUACGAUGUUUUAUUGAAAGGCAGUGAGAAUCGUAAAACAAUGAGGCGGGGCCAUAAAUCACCAUAUCCUGACUUAGAUGAUAAUAUGUCUCCCAUUUUUCGGAAGCUCUUUUCCCUUGGAAUGAGUGAACUAACUGAAGAGAAAUUGCUUGCCAUGAAAGAAUUCAUAUUGAAACUCAACAGGUCUCGGUCCAGUUCUGUUGAAGCAGUAUUUGCUGAAAUAGAUGAUGACUGCUCACGAGGAAAAUUGAACCUGCGUCAUCUAGGUAACACAUUUACACGAAGACAUGCUGAUCUCUUCAAACCUAAAGAUACCCGAACAGAAACACCAAAUUCCCCUGCUAGAUCACGAAGAAAAAAAAGUCCCCAAUUAGAUAAUUCAGCAGUUGCUAUGAAUGCUGAAUGGAAAAGUAUGUUUGGUUCCAGUGAUACAGAAAAAUCAUUGUCAAGUUCUCCAAAGUCUAAGGCAAACAUCAAAUGGGAUAGUGGUUCAGAACGCAGAGCUUCUUUAACAAAUCCUGGUAUUGCCUCAAACGUUUUUUCACAGACUUCAGCUGACGGAAACAGUCUGCGGGGGUCAAUUCCUGAAAAACCAUUUAUUCAGACACGUUACGCACCUUGCAAACAAGACUUAAGAAAUUUGGUAAAUCGCAGAAGAGAGCAAUAUGAAGCUGACAUCCGGACUAAAGAUAUUUUGGAAGGUGUUGGGCUUGACCAGAUUUUUCCUCCACAGAACUGGAAACCUAAAGGUCAACUUGUUGCUCACAUGCAAGAACACAAAUCAGUUGUUAAUAGGAUUGCUGUGUGUACAGACCAUUCCAUGUUUGCCACCUGUUCCAAUGAUGGAACUAUGAAGUUAUGGGACUGCGGCCAGUUGGAGGGAAAAAGCGUCGCUAACCGGUCAAAGUUUACUUAUAACAAGCAAGGUGGCCACAUUCAGCAUAUGGCUUUCUGUAAAGGUACAGACAUGUUGGCAUCAGCAUCUGACAAUGGUUCAAUUCAAGUUUUCAAGUUAGAAUCAGGAAAAGUGAGUGCAGCUGUAACUCACAACGUUGAUGUUUCCAAAUAUGGUCAUGUUGUUGAUAUGAAUUUUUUUGAUUCUGGUUCUAAGUCUGUGCUAGCUUAUGCUACAGUGAAUGGUAAUAUUAUUGGGUGGGACACACGUAUGCCUGACAUUGCUUGGAAUUUGAAAAAUGAAUACAAAACUGGAUUAAUAACGUCAUUUGCUAUCCAUCAAUCACAAUGCUGGUUGGCAACUGGUACCAGUAAUGGUGCUCAUAUCUGUUGGGAUAUGAGAUUCCAUCUACCAAUUGCUACUAUCAAACAUCCUGCAGAUGUUUGGAUACGCCGUGUUAUGAUGCAUCCACAGCAGCAGUCUUGGGUACUCUCUGCAGUUCAGGGUAACAAUGAAGUGUCAAUGUGGGAGGUGGAGACCGGAGCCAGACAGAAGGCCCUCUGGGCUAGUAAUUCCCCUGCUCUAUCUCACAGAGAUUCAAGUGAUGAAUCAGUUUACGGAAUGUACAUCGCUGCCACUGAUAAUAGUGUGUUUAUGAUAACCGGAGGAUCAGACAUGCGUGUUCGAUUCUGGGAUUUGAACUCUCCUAACAAUUCUUUCAUUAUGGUGGGUGCAGCAACUGAUGUGCCACAACAAAUGACUACAAACUAUGUCUCCGACUUGUUGAUGGAACAGAAGUUAUCAUAGAAUCCUGUGUUACCAAACCUGGUCCCACUGAUGACAUGCCUGGCAGAUACCCUAAAACACCUUCACCUGGCCACAAAGACAUUAUCAAUGACGUAAACAUGUGCUACACAUCGCAAUAUCUAGUUGUUACUGCUUCGUAUGAUGGCGUUGUUAAAGUAUGGAAGUAAAAAAAAAAAAGGAAAGGAAAAAAAACCUAAAAAA